ACCCCCCCCCCCCCCCCCCCCCCCAAGACAGAGACAGUCUACUACUAUUUUCUCUCUUACCACUCUCUCUCUAGGGUUUUCACAAAUUCGAAUUCUUCUGUUUCAAAUUCUAGGGCUUGUCUGCUCGGGUCUGGAAUCAAAGAUGAGUCAUCGAAAGGGCUGCAAGGUGUGGGUCGAAGAUAGAGACUUGGCUUGGGUUGCUGCCGAAGUCGUUGAUUUUGUAGGCAAACAAGUUCAACUCCUCACUGCUUCUGGGAAGAAGGUUUUGGUUUUUCCUGCCAAGUUGUUUCCGAGGGACGCAGAUGCGGACCAUGGUGGAGUCGACGAUAUGACGAAACUGACUUACCUGAAUGAACCUGGAGUUCUCGACAACCUGGAGAGGAGAUAUGCUCUUAAUGAAAUAUAUUCGAUUCGGCAAGUUUGUUGAGAUCCAGUUUGAUGCAAAUGGUAGAAUAUCUGGUGCUGCAAUUAGAACUUAUCUGCUGGAACGAUCCCGUGUAGUUCAGAUAACAGAUCCUGAGAGGAAUUAUCACUGUUUUUAUCAACUGUGUGCAUCUGGAAGGGAUGCAGAAAAGUACAAGCUAGGCCACCCCAGCCACUUCUACUACUUAAAUCAAAGUAUGACUUAUGAGUUGGAUGGAGUGAACAGUGCAGAGGAGUAUAUGAAGACAAGGAGGGCGAUGGACAUUGUUGGCAUUAGUCAGGAAGAACAGGAAGCCAUAUUCCGGACCUUGGCUGCCAUUCUACAUGUGGGAAACAUUGAAUUUUCUCCUGGAAAAGAGCAUGACUCAUCAGUUGUAAAGGACCAGAAAUCUAGUUUUCAUGUGCAGAUGGCUGCCAAUCUUUUUAUGUGUGAUGUAAAUCUAUUACUGUCUACUCUGUGCACACGUUCAAUUCAAACUCGUGAAGGGAUUAUUGUUAAAGCUUUGGAUUGUAAUGCUGCUGUUGCAAGUCGGGAUGCUUUGGCAAAGACUAUUUAUGCUAGGCUGUUUGAUUGGCUUGUUGAGAAGAUUAAUAGGUCUGUUGGGCAAGACAAGGAUUCUCAGAUGCAAAUUGGUGUCCUUGACAUAUAUGGAUUUGAAUGCUUUAAAAACAACAGUUUUGAACAAUUUUGCAUUAACUUUGCAAAUGAAAAGCUUCAACAACAUUUCAAUGAGCAUGUAUUUAAGAUGGAGCAGGAGGAGUAUCAGAAAGAAGAAAUUAAUUGGAGCUAUAUUGAAUUUAUAGACAAUCAAGAUGUUCUCGAUCUGAUUGAGAAGAAGCCUAUUGGAAUAAUUGCUCUUCUGGAUGAAGCUUGCAUGUUUCCCAAAUCAACAUAUGGAACAUUCUCAACCAAGCUGUUCCAGAAUUUUCGGGCUCACCCAAGGUUGGAGAAGGCAAAAUUUUCAGAAACAGAUUUUACCAUUUCCCACUAUGCUGGCAAGGUUACAUAUCAGACAGAUACUUUUUUAGAUAAAAAUCGUGAUUAUGUUGUGGUGGAACAUUGCAAUCUAUUGUCUUCUUCCAAAUGCUCCUUCAUUGCUGGUCUUUUUGCUUCAUUACCGGAGGAAUCUUCAAGGUCGUCAUACAAGUUUUCUUCAGUAGCCUCUAGAUUUAAGCAACAACUUCAAGCUUUAAUGGAGACUCUCAAUUCAACGGAGCCUCAUUACAUUCGCUGUGUGAAGCCAAACUCUUUGAACCGACCUCACAAAUUUGAGAAUCAGAGUAUCUUGCAUCAGUUACGAUGUGGGGGUGUUUUAGAAGCUGUUCGGAUAAGUCUGGCUGGUUAUCCCACUCGGAGAACUUAUCAUGAAUUUGUGGAUCGUUUUGGACUGUUAGCUCUGGAAAUUAUGGAUGGAAGUUAUGACGAUGAGAAAACAACAGAGAAGAUACUUCAGAAAUUAAAGCUUGAGAAUUAUCAGUUGGGAAAGACAAAAGUUUUUCUUAGGGCUGGUCAGAUUGGAGUUUUAGACUCACGACGGGCUGAAGUUUUGGAUGCUGCUGCAAAGUGUAUCCAGGGUCGGUUACGGACUUUUGUUGCACACAGGGAUUUUGUCUCAACCAGGGUUGCUGCAGUUUCCCUUCAAGCUUGCUGCAGAGCAAGGUUGAAAGGUGAGCAAGUGAUCCUUGUGUUGCUCUAUGAUGCCUUGGAUUAGGUCUGAAGGAUGGGG